AUGACGCUCCACACCGAGCCACGGGGAAGCAACAGUUGGAUUCCAUUCACGUCACAAGUUGGAGAGAGAUACGUUUUAGUGUGUUUAGACAAAUUUGUAAAAAUUGUAAAUCUACAAGGAAAACUAAAAUCGAGUAAGAAACUAGCCUCUGAGCUAAGUUUUGAUUUUCGCAUUGAAUCUGUAGUAUGCCUUCAAGACAGUGUGUUGGCUUUUUGGAAACAUGGGAUGCAGGGUAAAAGCUUCAAGUCAGAUGAGGUUACCCAGGAGAUUUCAGACGAAACAAGAGUUUUCCGCUUAUUGGGCUCAGACAGGGUCGUCGUUUUGGAAAGUAGGCCAACAGAAAAUCCAACUGCACACAGCAAUCUCUACAUCUUGGCUGGACACGAAAAUAGUUACUAAGCAACAGAAACUGAUGUCAGAUGACAGGAAAAUGAAUAUAUUCCAUUGAAAGCAAAAAUGUUUUAAGGAAAUUCAAUACAGACUGCAGUAUAAUUUGCUUUAACCAUCACGGGUUAUAUCUCAAAUGGUCUGUGCAUUAGGGUAGAUUCAAUAUUUUCUGUAGCUGGAAACAGCUAGUCUAUCUCUUGCCACUGUGUGGUGGUUAUAUCAAGUUUGCUUAAUAAAAGCUAUGAGACGAAUAGUCUUCUAGUUCCAGGAAACACAGUCUUUUUUUUUAAAAAUAAUGUUUGUAACAAGGGUGCCAUGGUAUUUUUAGAUGACUCGUGAUUAUCUUCAGAUAAAUAUAGUGGCCAUUCUAUCAUUUUAUACUACAUCUUAUUCCUUCUUAAUGAACAUAAUUUGAUAAAGAAAUUAUCAGACAAGCCUUUCCCUUUUCAUUGGCCAUUCUGUAUGUUUUUGUAAUAUAGAAUAUUUAAUCCUUAUUUAUUAAUCUCUUGCUGGAGUGGUAUAAUGUAUCUAACUUUUAGAAAAGGAAGGUUGCAGAGCAGCUUAAAUUUUUUUAUAAUGUAUAAAAAUUUUGUUUACCUUUUCAGAGUAGUACUUGGAGGAGGGUUAAAAGCAGUUUGUGUGAGAAUUCAACAGAUAGGCAAUUUCAUUUAACAAAAGUAUUUUAUAACAGAAUUUCAUGCAGGAUUGCCUUAGAAGGGAGUUUUGUGUUUUCAAUUAUAAAUAGUUGUAAGGGGUCAUGCAAAAGAUACUGAUGACAGCUGAAGUAUUCUUAGAAGAGGUGUGUGUGUAUGUAGGUGUGACUACCAUGUGUAUGUGUUCUUGACAAGCAGUAUAAUGUACCUGUGAUUUUUUUGCAUUAGGGGUAAUACAUAAGAAAUUAAUCUUCAUAUAUAUUGUCAUCCCUAAUGUAAGGGUGAAAAGUGUUUAACUGCUCGUGUUAUGUAUUUUACAUAUACUACGCCAGAGGAAAACUGUAAGACAAUUAUACAUGUAAUCUUGGGGUCUUCACAUAUAUAGGUAUUCAUUUGAGUAGGUUUAAGAAAAAAAAUCUUUAAAUGAAAUUGAUUUCCUGAUGGGAUAAUAUAAAGAAGUAUUGUUAAAACCAGUAUUCUGCAAAUAAGAAAGGAUAGGGCCAUUUUUUUUAGUUUUUCUUUUUUUAGUUUUACUUUUGAAUAUAAUAAUUAUAGUAUUCAAAUUUAAAGUGUUACAUUGGUACCUAUCAUCUUAAUGCUUUUAUUAAGAACAGUUCGCAUUAAGAUGAUGAACAAGGAGCUAGCAGUAGCAAAUUGUAGAAUUAUUCUGACUAGCUACUUGAGAGGCAAACCAUGUAGCUAUCUCAUUCAGUCUUUAGCAGUUCUGUAAAGCAAGUAUUAUCAUCUCCAUUUUCCAGAUGAGGAAAUAAGGGUUUAGGAAAGUUAAGCAACUUACUCAAUUCACGCAGGUUUGUGGUUGAGGCAGACCAUGAGUCUUCUGACUCUAUUCUUUUCACUAUGCAAUUUGCAAACAAUAAAAUAUUACAUAAGUGAACUAUAAAGUAUUUUUUCCUUCAAAAAUGCACAUAUGCUAGCUAUAUUUGAUAUCAGUAAGUAUGUCACUGUUUUUGUGGGUUAUCUUAAAUGGGUCUUCUGGACUGAGGGAUACUAGGGACAACAUGUGGCAACAUGAGGAUAGGGACUAUCCUAAAAACAGGGAAAAUACACAUGCUGGAUACGGAGACCAAUGUCCCUUCUUUUCUCACUGAAUCCUGGCAGCCAUCCUAACAGAAUACUGGAAGAGUCUUCUCUGUGAAAUCUGGCCAGUGCAGGUGAAAAGACCUAAAUAAGAUCCUGGUGUCAGAGACCUCCUGGGUAAAUUGCCCAGCUGGAUAACACUCCAGUGAGGGGAAAAAAUAGUUGAUAUCAUGCAUCCAGAGCUUGCAAAAUUAGUCUUUUAAUACUAUGCUAUUAAA